UUUCAGUUUUUUUCAUUUCUAAUGCGGUAUCGUUGAAUAGGCGUUUGCUGAACUUUCUUUUAUUUAUUGUUUUGGUAACUCUUUGCCCUGUGGUUGAAGUUCUCUAAUAAUAUUCAGAGAAGCAGAAAAGAGGGGGAGUGUGUGAGAGUGAGUGAGUGAGUGAGUGAAGGAGAGAGAGAGAGACAACUCUGAGCCGCAACAGCUGGUUUUCAGGUUUGAAGUUUUGACAGCCGUGACUGAACAGCCACUGUUCGUCCCAGCCUGUACGAGGUCACUUAGUACCUCUGGCUGGAGGAGAGCGAGUGCAAGGUGCCUGAUGGGACAAGUAGGGGUUUAAGCAGCCCGGAGGGACACCAGCAGGACACCGGUGGACAGGAUUCGGCACCAUGAAUCGCAAGGAGUCAAAGAGCAGCAGGAAAUCCUGUGCUGUGAUAAAGACCAGGAGACCAGUUCAGAGGAGAAUGACUUGCCCGAGUCCUCAGGAGAUCAGCCGGGUCCUUCAGAGUCCACCGGCUCACUCUUUCCGCUCUGCCAGCCUGGACGAACUCAUCGUCCGCUGCCUCCACUGCUUCGACUCGGAAGGGAAACUGAUCAGAGGGACGCAGCUUGUCCAUAUGACCCUGAUGAUGCAUAACUGGGUCGUACCAUCACACAUCUUCGCCCAUAAGCUGCUUUCUCUAUAUAAGGAUUGUCCUUCAGAGAAAAGGGGACAGAGGCGCCCACAAAUCUGCCACUUCAUCAGGCAGUGGAUGAAUCAGUUCCGACUGAUGUUUGAGGUGGACCCUCUGUUAGAAGAAGCAAUGGGAGAUCUCUGGGCUCUGGUCAGGGUUGAAGGAACCGAUUCACACUAUCAGCUCUUCAAUACACCUUACAUUAAUCCUCCAGUGAAUGUUUCCCAGACUCCCUCUCCCUCUGUGAAGAAAAGGAAGGUUUCGCUGCUGUUUGACCACAUGGAACCAGAUGAGAUGGCCGAACACCUCAGCUACUUGGAGUUCAAAAACUUCUGUAACGUCUCAUUCCUGGACUACCGCAGUUACGUGGUUCAUGGCUCAGUGAGGGAUAAUCCGGCGCUCGAGCGCUCUGUCAUGCUCUGCAACGGAGUCUCCCAGUGGGUCCAGCUCAUGAUCCUCAACAGACACACCCCACAGCAGCGAGCAGAGGUCUUCACCAAGUUCAUUCAUGUAGCACAGAAGCUGAGAGCUCUACAGAACUUCAAUACUCUGAUGGCGGUGAUAGGAGGCCUGUGUCAUAGUUCCAUCUCUCGUCUUAAAGACACAGCCAGCCUGCUGUCCUCUGAUGUCACAAAGACUCUCAGUGAGCUCACAGAGCUGCUGUCAUCCUACAGCAACUAUUCAAACUACAGGCGGGUGUAUAGCGAAUGCACUGGAUUCAAGGUGCCCAUCUUAGGUGUUCAUCUCAAAGAUCUGAUCUCCCUCAACGAGGCGUUGCCAGACUACCUUGAGGACGAUAAGAUCAACUUGGGGAAACUGCAGCAUUUAUACAGCAACAUUAGCGACUUGUUGGCCAUCCAUGACUGCACCCCACCGUUUGAGUCCAACAAAGACCUGCUGCACCUGCUAACGCUCUCGCUAGACUUGUGUUACACGGAGGAUGAGAUAUAUGAGCUCUCCUACGCAAAGGAACCCAAGAACCCCAAAAUUCAGCCCGUAGCUCCGGUGAAGCCCCCAGUGGUUGCAGAGUGGGGUUCGGGACUGACUCCACGCCUGGAUCCCGCAACCAUCUCCAAACACGUUAAACAGAUGGUGGAUUCCAUCAUGAAGAACUAUGAUUUGAACAUGGACGGCUACAUUUCUCUGGAGGACUUUGAGAAGAUUGCUGCAAAUUUCCCCUUCUCCUUCUGCACACACGAGAGCGAUAGAGAAGGAGAGAUCAGUAGAGAGGAAAUCACUUCAUAUUUCAUACGUGGGAUGUCAGUGUGUGCUAAGCUCGGCUUCAAUCUCCACAACUUCCACGAGACCACGUUCAAAAGGCCCACAUUCUGUGACUCCUGCGGAGGAUUUUUAUGGGGAGUCAUAAAGCAAGGCUACCACUGCAAAGACUGUGGAGUCAACUGUCAUAAGCACUGUAAGGAUGUGGUGGGAAUGGAGUGUAUGAAGAGGUUCCAGGUGACCAGUAGCUCGUGUCCCAGCACCCCAGGCCCCGUCUCAGGCCACCACACUAAGGGCAACAGCUGGAGUUCUGAAGAGGAAGCAUUUGUCUUUCCUAAUGGAAACCGAUCUGAAAGCUCCAAGGGCCAAACUUCAUCAGACAGCGACGCCGAGGCGGCCACACUAUCCGACAGGUCCACUCAGACAGACCCAGGAGUUUGGACGCCGGUGGCCAAACGGAAAGAUCGUCUUCAUUCCCAGAAACAACAUCCCCCCCUUGAAAAGAGUGCCACUCUUCCAGCAAGGGUGCGAGGUUCAUCUGCCCCUAGUUCUCUCCUACAGGAGAAAAUGGAUGAACUGAAGCUGAACAGAGAUAAACGAAAGGAGCCAGACUGAAGUAGUCUGUGCAAAUGGCCGUUUGUUUGUGUGUGGUGGAACUGUUAACUACACUGGACAGAACAGACUGAAGAACAUGUCCUCAUCUUUCUCGCCAACUGUCUUGUUCUAUUGUCUUCAACAGAUUGUUCAUGACGUUCAUUAAAUGUGAUGAAAUUCUACCCGGAAGGGAUUUUAUUUAAGGGAUUACAGAUGGUCCGCUUCCUCAGGGCUCUUUGAAACCCUGCCGGUGGAUCCGUACAGUAAGAACUCUCUAUGCACCAGCGUCAACUGCCAGCGAGGACUGGUUAAACGGACCUCGCAUCUACUCAAAGGUGGACUGCGACAUCAUCAACCUCACUACCACUCGUAUUUGUACGAGACCGAUGGACUUUCUUGCCUUUCGUCACAAAGUGCGAGGUGCUUUCUGCAAGAAUCGUCCGAUCGAGUACAAACAUCUACUGCCUUAACAUUCACACUGAUGGAAAAUGACCAACUGUAUUGGACUUGAACAGGAAGAACGUACCUCCUCUGUUAAGGGACGUGAUUUCGGUGCUGAUAUAACACCCAGAAUGCAUCACUGUGCCUUAUGUAAUGAACAAUUCACUGAGGAGACGACAAAGGGUAUUAUAUCACUGUUUAUAUCAGACAAUAGUCCUGUCUC